CUCCAGGCGCACCACAAACAUCCCCAACCCAACUUUUAAACCCAGUGCAGAGAGCACAGAUACAACACGAUGCGCGAAAGACGCCAACGCCUGCCUCUUCCUCACCGACGUGAGAUUGCACUCUGCCGAGACACAUAGUCCACUUCUCACAAUGCCCAGCCCGCCCCUCGCGGGCCUCAAGGUCCUCGAGUUCGCCGGCCUCGCGCCCGGCCCCUUCGCGGGCAUGCUGCUCGCCGACGCCGGCGCCUCGGUCCUGCGCGUCGACCGCUCCUCCCCCGAUGCGGCGGCGGCGGCCCCCACGGCCGACCUCCUAGCGCGCCGCAAGGCCUCGGUCGCCGUCGACCUCAAGUCGGCGCGCGGCGUCGCCCUCGUGCGCGAGCUGGCCGCGUCCGCCGACGUGCUCAUCGACCCGUUCCGCCCGGGGGUGCUCGAGCGCCUGGGCCUGGGGCCCGACGACCUGCGGGCCCAGAUCGACCGCGGGCUGAUAUACGCGCGCAUCACGGGCUUCCGCCGCGACGGCCGCUACGCCGACAUGGCCGGCCACGACAUCAACUACCUCGCCGUGUCGGGCGUGCUGGCCAUGCUCGGCCGCGCGGGCCAGCCGCCCACGCCGCCGUGGAACGUCCUCGCCGACUUUGCCGGCGGCGGCGCCGCGCUGUUCCAGGGCAUACUCCUGGCGCUCGCCGCGCGCAACAGCAAACCCGCUGGGGGGAGGAGAGGCCAGGUCGUCGAGGCCAACAUGGUCGACGGCGCCGCGUACCUGGCGUCGUUCCCGCGCUUCGCCCUCAAGAUCCCCCACCUGGGCGGCGCGCCCCGCGGCGAGAACCUGCUCGACUCGGGCUGCCCCUUUUACGACACGUACGAGACGGCCGAGCGGGGCAGGUACGUCGCCGUCGGCGCGCUGGAGCCGCAAUUUUUCGCGGCGCUGCUGCGCGGGCUCGGCCUCGAGGGUAAAGGGUGGGAGGCGAGGCAGCACGAUAGGGCCGCGUGGCCCGAGAUGCGGGCCGAGUUCGGGCGCGUCUUCAGGACGCGCGGCAGGGACGGGUGGGAGGCUGUGUUUGACGGCACCGACGCGUGCUGCACGCCCGUGCUGGACUUUGGGGAGCUGGAGCGCGGUGCGGGAGGGAGGGAGGGGGACCAGCGGCCGCCGGUCGGGCUGCGCGAGACGCCGCUGCUGGCCGUGCACCAGGGGGCCGCGAACCCGGCCGCGCAGGGCCAGGGCGAGGGCGUGCCGGGCUCGGGCUACGAGGCCGCGAGCCUGCGGCCGGGGGACGGGGGCGAGAAGCUGCUCGGGAGCUGGCUGGGCUGGGUCAAGGGGCGGGAUUAUGACGAACAGGGUGGCGGCUUGGUUUUGAAGCAGGAGUCAAAAUCCAGAUUGUAGUCCUUGAUAUGGCACACGGAGCUAGGCCCCAUGUUGCCUCGUGUAUUUUAUUUGAUGGAGAACCCGCUGAGGUGCUCCAACGGUUGUAUAUUUUUCUCCACAGUGCUUUACGUUGUAUUGGGCACAUUGAACUGCACUAGUGAUUCGUUCAAGACGGGCGGGUAUUUUGUACGGCUUUUAACGAGUUGGUGAUAUACAGCGUGAUUCGCGGGAAGCGGCCGACCAUGUGUUCCCUCUCUCUCACACAUUCAUGCCUGCUAGUAGACGCCGCCAGCCUCCCUCGCGGCCCUGCG